AAACAAUAUAAUGCGGCGUGCAAGAGGCGCGAUCGAGGCACAAUAAGAAUGUACAAAAGCAAGCUGACUGUGCCGCUGUGACUCUGAUGUGUGAUUUAAAGCCAGAUCUCAAGUCAUCGUAAUCUGUGAUAAUGUCGGCCUCAACACUCGACAGCCAACUGCAGGAAAUUCUCAAUGAUGCUUUGAGAACCACAUCAAUUGAAGAAGCUUUCUGUGGCUACAUCCUACACUCUCCAGAGGAUGACAGAAAUAAGGUGUUUUGCUGCAUCGAUUCCUUCAAUCGCUUCUGGAAGUCUCUGUCUCCGGAGUCCCAUGACCUAGUCUUGGAGUCCUACGUUGCCUACUUCCACCGUCAAAAGUCGCACCCGAGGAUUAAACUCCUGUGUGACAUGUUGCUGACGGCUGCAGAGAAGGCUAGCAUCCCAGCUAGAUCUCUCUGUGAGGCUCUCCUAUCCUCCCCAAGUCUGGAUUACAAAUCCUCCGAGCUCUGGUGUAAGACGUUUCAGAUGGUGGACAGGAUCAUCGUCAGUGUUGACUACAAGGGAUGUCGGGACCUUCUCAAGGUCAUCCUGGAGAAGAUUGAGCUCAUCCCGAUCUCCGUCAACGUCUCGGCCAGCAAGCAGCUGGAUGUGGCAGUCAAGGUCCUCGCCAAGAUCCUGGACAGAAAUGCCUGCCUCUUGCCCAGCUACUUCGCUGUCAACGAGCUCAAGAAGCUGUUUCCUGACGACAAGCCAAACACUCACUGGGCGGUGGGACAGCUGGUGACCAACUUCAUCGACACAUUCCGGCCCACAGCUCGCAUGGUAUCCAUCACGGGGCGACCAAGCCUGCUUCCCGUCGUAGGUCACUUCAACGCAACCCACAACUCCUGGAAACUGGACCCUGUCUCCCUCACAUUUCCUUUGAAGGGACUUCUACCCUAUGACAAGGAGCAGACGCAACGCCAGACCAACUUGCUACGAUAUGUCCUAGAGCAGCCCUACUCGCGGGACAUGGUGCGGACCAUACUGGGACUCAACAUUCAGCAUAAGCAGCGAUGUUUAGUCUUGGAGGAGAUGCUUGUGGACCUUGUCGUGGUUGCCAUGGAGAGGACGGAGCAGACUGAUGGGACGUUUGAGCUUGGUAGCCCCACCGACGCCCUCUGGCAACACCUGUCCAGCCAACUCAUCUUCUUUGUCCUCUUCAACUUUGCCAGCUUCCCGCAUAUGGUCAUGUCCCUCAACAAAAAGCUGAGUAAUCGCAGCCUGACCAAGGGCCGUGACCAUCUGAGCUGGGUGUUGCUGCAGUACAUCUCUGGCAGCAUCAAGAAGAACCCGCUCAGUGACUUCUUCCCAAUCCUGAAGCUGUUUGACAUCUUCUUCCCUGAAAAAGAGCCGCUUCCCGUACCGGACGUCAGCCAUCCCCAGUGCACCCACCGCCUUGCAAUGGCAUGUAUCUGGAUCCAUCUCAGCCGUAAAGCACAGAGCGACAAAGUGUCAUUACAGAGACCGGCCCCGCCCUCACUCAAGCUUCACCUGGAGUUUCUUCAGCAGAGCUACAACUGUUCAAAUCUUCCGCUGACGGACUACAGGAUAGCCAUGCUGUGCAAUGCUUACAGCACAAGUACGGACAUGUUCUCGUGGCCCAUGGGUGUCCUGGUGGACAGCAUCUACAGCUCGGGUCAGACCUCCGUCCCCAUGCCUGGCCCCAGUAUGUGUGUGGCGUCUGGUCCCACGGCCCCACUCUCCAUGAGUCUGCUGGAUUCUCUCACUGUGCACGCUAAGAUGAGUUUAAUACACCACAUAGUUGGCAAGAACAUCAUCCCGGCCAUCCACCACAAGCAGUCCUCCAUGGCCUUAUCUCCAGCCCUGGUGGAGACCUACAGUCGACUGCUGGUCUACAUGGAGAUCGAGUCGCUCGGAAUCAAAGGAUUUAUCACCAAGGUUUUGCCAACGGUGUGCGAGGCCAGUGCCUGGGGGAUGCUACACACGCUGCUGGAGUUGUUCAGCUUCAGACUGCAGCACAUUCAGCCGCAGUACAUCGUGCAGCUGCUGUGCAACCUGCACUCGCUCAGCAAGAUCCCGCUGGCCAAUCAGAAUCAGCUGUAUCAAUGUAUCGAGAGCACAGCUCUGCGAAUCAUCACCGGUCUAGGCAGCGCCGACGUCCAGCCUCAACUCUCCCGCUUCCUGACCGAGCCCAACAAUCUCUUGUCUGCCGACUCGGAGGAACUAAAUCGAGCCCUGGUGCUGACGUUGGCCAGAGCCAUGCACGUUACCGGUUCUGAGACUUUGUCCGGUUCCUGGUGUAAGGACAUCCUCACCACCCUGUUUACCAACACGCCUCACAACUGGGCCUCCCACACCCUCAAGUGUUUCCCCACCGCCUUGCAGGAGUUCUUUGAGGCCCACCCAGCCCCUCAGGAGGACCGAUCCCUGCUCAAGAAGACGGUGGAGGACGAGCAUCGCAAAUGGAAAGCCAUGACCAACGAAGCGGAGAUCUUGAAUCGCUUUGCUGUCCAGGGGACGCAGCCUGGCGGGCCGGCUAGAGGGGCUAGCCAGGGCAACCAGCAUCUGUUUCUGUGCCUGAUAUGGAAGAUGCUUCUUGAGAACGAGCCCAACCACAUCAAUCCAGUGGCCGUCAAGGUCAUUGAGCGCAUCGGCCCGAGGGCGCUGUCCAGUCACAUCAGAACCUUCGCUGAUUUCCUGGUCUUUGAGUUCUCGACCUCGGCCGGUGGUCAACACGUCAACAAGUGUGUCGAGACUCUCAACGACAUGGUGUGGAAACUCAACAUCGUCAGCCUGGAUAGACUCAUACUUAAUUUGGCGCUUCGAAACCACGAGGGUAGCGAGGCACAGGUCUGUUUCUUUAUCAUACAGCUACUUCUCCUCAAACCCGUCGAGUUCCGGAACCGAGUCAACGACUUCGUCAAGGAAAACUCCCCCGAGCACUGGCUGCAGUCGGACUGGCACACCAAGCAUAUGAGUUACCACAGGAAAUACCCAGAGAUGUAUUACUACGAAGGCAUGCUGGAACUCACAGGAGCAACCAUGAGCACACCAUGCCAGAAUCUGCCAGUAUACUUCAGCAAUGUGUGCCUCCGCUUCAUACCGGUGUUUGACAUCCUCAUCCAUCGUUUCCUUGAGCUGCCUCCUGCCUCCAAAUCCUUGGAGGUUCUCCUUGACCACUUGGGAGGACUCUACAAAUUCCACGAUCACCCCGUCACAUACCUCUUCAACACCCUUCAUUACUACGAGAAGAAGUUGCGAGACCGCCCUCAGCUAAAGCGCAAACUCGUCGGCGCGAUCAUCAUGGCCCAGAAAUCGGUCAAACCGGCUGGAUGGUGCUUAACUCCACAGUACUUGGAGUACAUCAACAAGCCCGGCGAAGAAGUGGCAUGGGAGCCUGACCACGAUUAUUACUGCAAGCUGAUCGGCCGUUUGGUGGACACAGUCUCAGGUAAGACGCAGCCCCCGUUCCAGAACAUGGACUGGCGCUUCAACGAGUUCCCGAACCUUGCCGCCCACGCCCUUCACGUGACCUGCGUCGAACUGAUGGCGUUGCCCGGCCAGGGGAAAUUUGUCGGGAAUGCAUUGCUGGAAGUCAUCUUCAAAAAUCCCUCGAUCCUUCCUAGGGAUGAUGUUAUGUCAUGGAUCAACACCAUAGCCCUGGUACUAACAUCUUUACCUUCUUGCUACUGUGAUGUCAUCCAAGAUCGUAUCUUGGAGGUUCUCAACAGCGACCUUCUACUAGGCAAGAGUGUCACGCCGGGUGCUGGCAUUCUGGGUAACGCCUUCGCCGUAUUUGACUUCCGCGGCACGCACUCGUCCCACACCGAGAUGAUGUGCGCGUACGUGCUGGCUAUGACGCAUGCAGUUUGGCACCAUUCCAACAUUGGCCAGCUCACGCCCUUACAACAGUUUAUUCGUGAUCAGGUCAAGCCGGUGGUGAAAAGCGAAGAGCAGUAUUUGUUUGUUUGUCAUAUGGUGGGACCAUUCCUCCAGAGAUUUCAUGAGGAGAGAACACGGCUUCUUUUUGAGAUUACCAAGAACCUGUAUGACAUGCUGCUGGUCGUGGAUCAACAUUGCAGCCAGAUUGUUCACAUGGACGUCAUCUGUGACUUUCUCUAUCACAUCAAGUACAUGUUUGCCGGUGACGGCAUCAAGGCAGACACGGAUCGCGUCAUCAAGGGUCUACGGCCGGCAUGGCAACUACGGUUGCGAUUUAUCAGUCGUGGGGUCGACCCCAAUGCUGUUCCUCCGGUGCCGACUUGACGGUCGCGUCUAAUCUUAACUGUACGCUUACCAGUGGACCCCAUUGGAUGGCAGAUGUAGCCUAUGCAUGAUGGGCAACAGACAAUCCGUGCACGAACAGUUUUUGACCACUUUCGAUAGCCCCGGUAGACGGGACACUCUUAGCCCCAUAAAUGUGGCCUAUUUACUGGACUGCCUCUGUAAACAUAGGCCAC